AUGCCAGCGUGUAGACUAAGCAUAUCCUCACUGUCCAUUUCUGCUCCACCCACUUUGCCCAACCUCCACUGCCUGUUGGCCCCCUCGACUUCUGCAAACUGCCAUAGCCGCACGGCUGCUGCUAAUCCGCCCGCGAGAUUGAGCAACUGCCGAUUUGGUCAUCUGUUCUGUGCCAUCAUCAUUUGCCUUCACUCGGCGACGGCCGACGACAACAAGUCUAACAACAGUCGCACCAACAAGGCGGACCAACAGCAACGCCAACAGUACUACCGGAAGUGGCUUUUCAUCUCCUCCACCCCCUUCUCGUGCAUCUUCAUCUUCAUCUUCGUCUUAACUUGCUAG